AUGGAGGGAACUUCACCAUCCUCUACAGCAGAUGAUUUCUACUUCUCAGCCAUUCAUGAUAAAGAAAUUUUUCGAAUAUCUGAAGAGACAUAUGCAGAGGAAUUACAAAUACAAGAAGCAUUAUUAUUUUCCACUCUUAUGUCAAAUACUACUAUAGAUGUAAAAAAUGAAAUCCAAGUAGUGGAUGCAAAAGUUGAUCUCAAACAGAAGCAGAAAGAGGCUUUUGUAGGUGAAUCUUCUUCGUCUUCUUCUCAGUUGAAACAAUCCUACUGUGCUAUUUGUAUGGAAGCUAAACCCGUUGAAGAAAUGUUCCAGAACCAAAAAUGUUCACAUUCUUUCUGUGAAGAUUGUCUUGGAAGAUAUCUAGCUGCAAAAAUUCAAGAGAGUAUAUCAAUGGUAAAAUGUCCUGAUCCAAAAUGCAAUGAUAUUUUGGAGCCUCAUGAUUGUUGUUCAAUUUUACCAAAGGAUGUGUUUGAUAGAUGGGAAAAUGCACUUUGUGAGAAUAUGGUGUUAGGUUCACAGAAAUUUUAUUGUCCUUUUAAUGAUUGUUCAGCUAUGUUGUUGAAUGAUGAAAAGGGAAUUGUGACUGCUUCGGAAUGUCCACAUUGUCAUAGAUUGUUCUGUGCACAAUGUAAGGUUUCAUGGCACAUAGGUGUUGAUUGUAAAGAGUUUCUAAGCUUGAAAGAUGGUGAGCGAGGGAGGGAAGAUCUAAUGGCCAUGGAACUUGCUAAGAACAAGAGAUGGAAAAGAUGUCCAAAGUGUGGCUUCUAUGUGGAAAAAAUUGUGGGUCUCUUUGCUAUGUUAGGUGACAUAGAUUUUCAAUGCGUUUUUGUUUUGUAA